GGAGGGAGUAUUUCACAACUCCAGCAAGGGCAAAGAUUGCAUCCGCAUGGAUUUUUUAUUGUGAAUUGUGAAUAAUUAUUUCUAGGAGUGGAUUCACAAGAGAAAAUGAGUGGAUAAUUUCAGAUUUUUAUGGGAGCGUAUUAGAGACAUUAAUAGUCCAUAGAAAUAAUAUCUUAUUGAAGAAAUUGAGGAGGAAUCAGAUGUCAUUCAAUCAGUCGUUGGAUUCUAGUAGGUGUUCAAUCGACAGAAAGGGAAUAAAAAGCUGAAAGCUAUGAACUUUUCUCAAAAGCCGUAGCAGAACAAGAAGUGAAGAAGAAACAUUAUGAGAGGUGGAGUCCUUCGUCUAGAAAAUCAACAGCCCUCAUUUCCAUCAUCUUUACUCUUCUAUCUAUACCUUGGACACUUCCUUUCCAGAUGGACUGCCAGAAUGUGGGAGUUCUCUGUGGGUUUGUAUAUGAUCCAUCUUUGGCCCAAUUCUUUACUUCUUGCUGCUGUUUAUGGUGCUGUGGAGACAGCUUCCACGGCAUUGCUUGGACCAGUUGUUGGACAAUGUGUGGACAGUUUGUCAUACACUAAGGCUCUCAAAUUAUGGUUAAUAAGUAAAAGCAUUGCAUUUACUGUUGCCGGGGGUGCAAUGGUUGCUCUUUUGGCUCACUCAAUGAACUCUAUGGCAUUUUUGUUACUGGUUAUAUUGAUCAACAUCUCUGGAGCUGUUGCUAUGCUUUCCACUAUGGCAGGGACCAUAUUAAUUGAAAGAGAAUGCACAGCACCCAGAGAGGCCUCAAUGAAUGUGGUCUUUCACAGUUCCACACAUGAGAAAGUUUAGAGGUUGGUGCCUCUUUUUGCAGGGUGGUGGUGAUAUCAGAAGGCCAUCCUCCUGAAAUGCUGACGAACAUGAACUCAAUAAUACGACGAAUCGAUUUAAUCUGCAAGUUAUUUGCUCCUGUCAUUUCGGGAUCCAUCAUAAGCUUCAUCUCCCUAACUGCAUCAGCUAUGGUUCUAGCAUUAUGGAACCUAGUAUCGGUUUGCCUAGAAUACUGCCUCCUAACAUCCGUAUACAAUGGGAUUCCAGUAUUAAGAGAAAGCAGCCAGAGAAGGGUCUCAAAAUCUCUACCAAACAAUAUUGAACUUAAAUCUUCUGCUCAUCAUGAACAUGAAGGUUUGCUUAAUGUAGAAAGAAAUGCACAGCAAACAUCUGAAAGCAGCUGGUGGAUAAAAAUGAUUGAUCAAGUUUCAACAAUCCCUUAUAUUAAUGCUUGGAAAGUCUACUUGCAGCAAGAUGUACUUCUCCCAGGGUUAGCCCUAUCGCUUCUCUAUUUCACAGUACUCAGCUUUGGAACUUUAAUGACUGCUACACUUGAAUGGGAAGGCAUUCCUGCAUAUAUUAUUGGAAUUGCACGUGGUGUAACUGCAGCAAUAGGGAUUGCUGCUACAUUUUUGUACCCUUUCUUGCAAUCUCAGAUUUCAACUGUUCGAACAGGGUUAUGGUCAAUAUGGUCUCAGUGGAGCUGCCUCUUGGUAUGUGUAGCUUCCAUAUGGGUACAUAAGAAACUCGUAUCGGCAUAUAUGCUUAUGACCGGAGUGGCUGUGUCACGCCUGGGGCUUUGGAUGUUUGAUUUGUCAGCCAUUCAACAAAUGCAGGAUCACGUUGCGGAAAAUGAUCGUUGUGUGGUUGGAGGGGUUCAAAACUCACUGCAAUCCAUAUUUGAUUUGAUGACUUAUCUAGUGAGCAUUGUUGUAUCAGAUCCUCAGGAUUUCUGGGAGUUGAUAUUGGUGUCCUUCAUGUUGGUGACUCUGGCAGCCGUUUUGUACAGCAUACACAUUUACCGCAUUAGGAAGCACCUUUUCCAUUUUGAGAAACUACCGUUUAUCGGUCGUCAUUUCUAUUAUUACAUCAGUUUGGCCGAUGCUAACCAGUUGGGCAGUGUCUGAGUGCUAUCCGAACCAUUGGUUGGCGUCACCUGGCCACAUAUUAAUUUGUAGUAUAUCGGGGGGGGGGGGGCAAACACUCACUGGCACCAAAGAAGUGGUAACGUCGAUGAUGCCUACUACGGAGUUCUUCGUAUAUCGUACUCCAUAGUAUCUUGACUGUAAAUUCAGUGACCCUUUUCACUCUUACUUCUAAAGAAUCAGUUCAAGUAACAUUGGUCUUUAAGUGUUACAAAAUGUACCACUAUUAGAUCAACAAAGUGUUAUAUGGAAAAGGAAGUGAGUUAACUAUUGCCGGAAUGACUAACAUGUGUGUAAUAUAUUUAAAAAGGAAAAUUUUAUAAUAAUAAUCCCAAUUAUUGGCAGUCCC